AUGGCCCACCGAGCCGUCGCUCUGAAGGAGGAGGGGAACAAGUACUUUCAGAAUGGUGAAUACACAGAAGCGGAGGGUCUCUACUCUCAAGCAAUACAAAAAGACCCGUCAAACCCCAAGCUCUUCACCAACCGCGCCAUGACUCGCAUCAAGCUUCAACAAUUCGAAAACUGCAUGGAUGACUGUCUCAAAUCAAUAGAGCUGGACCGUGUCAACAUGAAAGGAUACUACCUCCUCGCCCAAAGCCAACUCGCCCUGAAUCACCCAAACGAAGCCCUCACCUCCGCCCUCACUGCAUACGAAAAAUGCCUCGAAACGAACGACAAGUCGACUAGCGCCGUGUCCGGCCUUGUUUUGCAGGCGAAAAAGCAGAAAUGGGAAGCCAAGGAAAGGGAGCGGAUACGGAAUAGAAGUUCGAUGUUGCGGGAACUUGAGGAUAUGCUGAUGAAGAAUAAGCGAGAGGAAUUGCGGCAGUUGAGGCUCAAGAUGCUGGAUUUUAAUGAAGAGGCGGAGGAGAAGUCCGAUAUUGAGCUGGAGUGCAGGAAAAAGGUUGAGGAAUUGAGGACGAUCUUCGCGAUUGCGGACCCGAAGAAUCUGCAGCGGAGGGAAGUACCGGACUACCUAAUCGACAGCAUAUCCUUCGCUGUUAUGCACGACCCCGUGACGACAAAAACCGGCAACUCCUACGACCGAGUCACGCUAAUGGAACAUUUCAAACGAUCGCACACAGAUCCCCUGACCAGAGAGCCUUUACGAGCUGAUGAUAUACGGCCGAAUCUAGCAUUGAAGCAAGCGUGCGAGGAGUUUCUUGAGAACAAUGGGUGGGCUGUCGAUUAUUAA